AUGGGAGACGCCGUCGAGGCAGGCUCCGCCCCCACGACCGCGCCUCGGAAAGUGGACGACGCCGAAAUAGACAGCACCGCGGCGCGGCAGCCACCACCGCCGAUGCUCGGGGCCCUCGUCGAGCUCCCCUGCCUCUGCACCGCGCUCACACUGGCGGCCACUGUGCUCACGGUAGCCCUUCCCAUGAUUCUGCGCGACCAGCUGCCUCCGUGCCAAGAGCCCCGCUGCUUCCAGUACGCCCGCGAGAUGACGCUCUCGGUCGACACGGGCACGGACCCCUGCAACGACUUCUACGGUCACGUGUGCGGCAACUUCGAAGACUUGUACCCGCCCUACUCGAGCCUGCUCUCUGUGCUGGGCACCCGGGUAACCGAGUACCAGGACUCCGUGCUCAACCGGCUCGAGUUGAGUGCGGCUAUGGAGACGCCCGGCGAGGUGACGGUGGCCGCGUUCCGCGUCUGCGUCGAAGAGUACCGCAGCGGCUAUGAUGGUGGCCUGCGCGCCAUUCGCGAUCUCCUCCGGGAUCUGGGCCUAUACCUCAGGGCCCAGAAGGUCACCUACACCGUAGAGAACGUGUUCGAGGGUAUGCUGAGGAUGUCCCUGAGUUUCGACCUGCCUGUGCUGGUGCGAGCCGUGCUGGGGCGCUCCCUCAAGCAGACGGCGCACAACAAGCUCGAACUUCAGUUGGACCUGCACGUGCCAGUGCCACCCGUCGAGCGCACCGUCGACAACAUCGAGUACUCGCUGCGGGCCGUGGCUCAAAACGGUACCUUUAGCAGGUUCCACCACCUGGCGUCCGCCGUACUCGGCUCCCUGGAACUCCUGCAGUCUCGGCUGGCCUCCGUUCCGCACUGGGACGGUGGCAUGAAGUACGUACGCUUCGGCGACGUCCAAGGCGCCCUGCUGUCUUUCACGACGACGGAACAACUUCUGAAUGUCAGCAACGACGCCGUAACUGCUAAAGGAUACUUCGACGACGACAGCGAGCUCGCGACGGGCAACCCGGAGCGUUUGAAGGGCUUCGCCACGUUCGCGGUGGACCAAGGUGGUGGCAGUUUGCUGAACCUCGUCCGGUACUUGCUCGUCGAGAGGCUGCUUCCGGUCUCCUUCUACGGUCUGGCCGACGUCUACAACAUUACGGCCAAGGAAGCGUUCGGCGUCCGUGUCGCUGCCUGCAGGUAUAGGCAGCUCAGACGCCGCGUGCAGAGCCGGUAGCCGUUCAUA